AUGGUUGAGAAAGAAAGUGAGGAAAAAUCGAACGAUCAUUGUAGUGAUUUGGAGAGUGAACCUAGGGAGGGGACUGCCGAAGAAUCUGAUCCUGGGACAAUCAGUGAUUCUGUUUCAUCUCGAGGGGAUCCACAAAUGGCUGAUGAGGAGAAGGUAGAAAAGGCUUCAAGAGCUUCCAAAAUGCUUGCUAAAAAUGAAUCCCCUGACAGUUCUUAUGCACCAAGGGUGAAAUCUGACCAGAAAACGAAUAGUUUACAAACCAAAGCUACAAAAGCCACACCAAAGAAAGCAAUAAAACCCAACAAAGGGCCUUCUAAAUCGACAAUAAGAAAUACAACUGAUAACUCAGGAAAUAUUAAAGUCCAUCCAAAACCUAUAUCAGAGAUCUCUGAGAGAGUUGAUGACAAACCUUUUGAGGAGUUAAAGGAACCUGAUGUCCUGGAUGAGGUUUCAAAUGGUGCUCUUAGUGUCUGCAGUGAUGAUGAAAUAGUUAGUAAUGAGGAAAAUGGUGAGAAUGAAGACAGGGCUGCUUUAGAUCAAAAGAUUGAGGAAAUGGAGAAUAGGAUUGAGAAACUGGAAGAGGAACUGAAAGAGGUUGCUGCCCUUGAAAUUGCACUCUACUCUGUUGUACCUGAGCAUGGUAACUCGGCACACAAGGUGCACACACCUGCGAGGCGCCUUUCUAGACUCUAUAUCCAUGCAUGCAAGUAUUGGGCUCAAGUAAACCGAGCGACCAUUGCUAGAAACACUAUAUCUGGGCUUGUUCUAGUUGCCAAGUCAUGUGGCAACGAGGUUUCAAGGUUAACAUUUUGGUUGUCAAACACUGUUGCUCUGAGAGAAAUUCUCUCUCAAGCGUUUGGGAAUUCAUGUGUCUCCAGUUCCCUUACGAAGAUUGUUGAGUCAAAUGGAGGAGGAAAGAAAAACGAACCAAAGUCUUCAUCGUUCAACUGGAAAAAUAACUCUGGCAGUCGACAACCAAAUAUGCAGGGUCUCGUACAGUUUGUUGAUGAUUGGCAACAAACAAGAACCUUUACUGCUGCCUUGGAGAAAGUCGAGUCCUGGAUAUUCUCACGGAUAGUUGAGUCAAUAUGGUGGCAGACUCUGACUCCUAAUAUGCAAUCUCCCACUGACGAUUCCCUAACAAAUAAAACAGUUGGUAAGUUACUGGGGCCGGCCUUAGGUGACCAGCAGCAAGGCAACUUCUCCAUUAACCUGUGGAGAAAUGCUUUUCAUGAUGCUUUCAGAAGACUUUGUCCUGUUCGAUCAGGGGGGCAUGAAUGUGGUUGCUUGCCUAUUUUGGCGAGGAAGGUGAUGGAACAAUGUGUUGGGAGGCUAGACGUGGCCAUGUUCAAUGCCAUUCUCCGUGAGUCCGCCCAUGAGAUCCCAACCGAUCCUAUAUCUGAUCCUAUAGUUGAUUCCAAGGUUUUGCCUAUUCCAGCUGGAGACUUGAGUUUUGGGUCUGGUGUGCAGCUUAAAAAUUCUGUUGGCAAUUGGGCAAGAUGGUUGACAGAUUCGCUUGGCAUGGAUGCUGACGGUUCUGUUCAAGAUGGUAAGAACAGCUGCGAGGAUGAUGACAGGAGGGGUAGUGUGGAACCGAAAUGCUUUCCUCUUCUAAAUGCCUUGAGUGAUCUUCUAAUGCUUCCGAAAGAUAUGCUUAUGGAUCGAGCAAUCAGAAUGGAGGUGUGUCCAUCAAUCAGUCUUUCAUUAGUUAAGCGAAUAGUGUGCAACUUCACUCCAGAUGAAUUCUGCCCUGAUCCUGUCCCUGGCGCUGUGUUAGAGGCACUUAAUGCUGAGUGUAUCAUUGAAUGGAGAUUGUCAGGAGAAUCCGGCAGCAGCUUCCCUUACACUGCUGCUCCAGUCGUGUACACACCACCUACAUCUUCUGAUAUUGCAGAAAAAAUUGGCGAUGGUGGUGGAAUAUCUCAGUUGUCCCCAAGGGCAUCUUUUAUUCAGAGGAAGGGAUACACAAGUGAUGAAGAACUCGACGAAUUGGAGUCUUGUCUAACAUCUGUUAUAGACAAAACGUCGUCAUCUCCAGCUUCUCUAUCAAAUGGAAAUGGAAACAGAAAUCACCACGAUCAAUCAGACCAUAUUGGAGCCAAUGCUAGGUACGAUCUCCUUCGUGAGGUCUGGAUGGCAUCACAAGGUUGA